CAAACCACACAGCAACUGAACAUUAUCCUUCAAACAUAAUGGCACAAGCAUCCAUGCUAACACAGGCUAUUGCACCUAUUCCUCUGGAAUAUAUCCCAGCACCUACAGAGGAAGAAAUGCAUCCAUGGUAUCAGGCAUAUCGCCUGGAUCUAGAUCAGCCACUUCUCAGAGUCUGGGAUUCCCACUCAGGCGUUAAGCCAACAUCAACAAACUGCAUGUAUGCACGAUGUCCAUGUAAACUACUAGAUACUUUUGAGACCCGGGCAAUCUCGUUAGCCAUCCACGCCCAUCCUGGCAACCAGACACCAACACCGUACAUCUCAUUCACUACAUCCGCAGGAGCUGUACAGAGAUAUGCCAAAGUGAGGGCCUGGAAGAGAGGCUCUCAGAUGCUUACGGUUGUCAAUCCCAGGGUUCGAGCGGCCAACGGUCGACACCUUCUCAGCGUGGUUAAUGAAAUGCGUUACUACGGGGUACGGGACCCACUUGGCAUGUCCUGUGAUGAAGAUGAAUACCUCUGUCUCUGGAUGGUUUCAGAAGAAGAGGUUGUUGGACAUUGGGAAUGGAGCGAGCUCGCUAAACUGGAUGAUUGUGCUAGGAAAAUAUCGAGAGGAUGGGGCAAUAUAUCGGAUGAAGGCGACUCCCUUCGUUUAGAAUACUCUCCUAAUAAGCGUCAGGACUCGUCGAGUGAGGCAUAUAGCAAGUUAUUUGAGGACUAUAGUGAUCUGAGCGACAGUUACUAUGAGUCUGAGGCUAACGCAAUCGCUUAUUUGCUCAACCCCUCGGAAGAUGAGUCCUAGAACUCAAGCUGUGGGUUGUGGUGUCUAGGUAUUAACUAUUCUUUGUUGGGUUGUUGGAUAAAUCCUCCUACAAGGCUAGGCCAACCGCUGAUGUUUGCUUUUGGUCGAGUCUGAAUCUGCUAACAAUAUGCUGACUUAUACAAUCCCUCUGUGACAAAUGAUACUAUACUGACUGAUUCGAUAUGGCUUCCAUCAAUAUCUCGCAGAUAGGAUUCAAAGUUAUUCUACUUGAGUAGUAAUGGAUAACAUAUUAAUCAGAAUAGGAUCGUUUCGGUGUGUGCUAUGUUGAGUUAGCAGCAACUUUUUACCUACCAUUACGGUGUGGCAUGGGAAAGAUUCAACGUUUGUCCCGAAUAUAUAUAUUCAUUAGAAAGCAAUGCAUUUGUACCGCACAAACAGAGGAUAUUGAUGCGCAUGUAACAUCUACAUGAUCUUAUAGUUGGUAUGAGACUAGACCGACAAUACGCGAUGUGAUGACUACUGCUGAGUACAGUUGUAAUGCCGUUCUGUUACUGAGAAGUUUAAGUCAGGUACUAGACGGUCGAGAUCUUCUGUGGUCACGCG